CAAAUCGGACAGAGGCUGCGCGUGACUAAUUACUGAACGUUACAGGUACUUUGCUGUUAGCACUGGCUAGCGUUAGCCUACUACAUAGUUAACUGUCAGGUUAGCUUUGUGCGUAGCUUGUCAAAAGUUUCUUUUAAGAUGCUUUGAAGAAUAUUCUCUAUUCACUAGCGUCAUUUUAAACACAACUAACUAAAGUUAUUACAGCCGCUAAUUGAGGAGGAGGAAGUAAGCUAAGAGAGGGGUCUGAGAGACGAUGCAAGAUCAAAGGUGUGACGGGGAAAGCUGUAUGAUCUGGGUGGUGAGGAGGACAGAAUUUGGCUUAGAAGAGGCGAACUGAAUGUCUGUGGACAACAGAAAGAGGUCAGCAUGUUCCUCCAACUCUGGAAACUUGGUUUACUGGUCCUCCUCAUUUCCACGGCAACCAGCAAGGGUCCUGAUUGUGGAGGCACUGCCACCCUGGUGGUCAGAGACCUGUGCAGUGCUCUGUGAUGCUCUGGAUAACUUCCUGUCCCUGGCCUGUAGUCUGGAUGGUCCCUGUAGGAUCCCACUACUCAGUCUGUAUGCCAUCAGCAGGCAACAGGAAUGUCUACUGCCAUUUGUGCAGGUUCGUGCUAACCUGGCCAGGCUGCGUUCCUGUGUCGAAGAGCUGAGGUCUAUUCCAGGUGAAGGUUGUAUCAGAGGAGCAGCCAGAGGAGGUGAGCUGCUGCGACAGGCGGUGCUGGACAGUCUGCAGCAGUUCAAACAGUACAUCAGACAUACCUGUACAGGAAACCAGUCCGGCAAUAACACAUCUGUGGAGGUUACUGUGGUGACCAGUCAGCCGGGGCGUGGCAUCGUUCACCAGUUGGAGAUGGGGCUCAAAGAUGCUGACCUAGUGUCACUGAAGCGGCUCCUGGUGGUACAGAUUUAUAGUGCAGCAGACUGGAGCCAAGACAACCCGUCACCUGUGGUCACUCACGCUGAGACUGAAGACUCUCUGUUGUUGGGAACGGAGGUCGACCUGCAGCAGGUGGAAAACAGUGUGUUCGCCAUGGAGAUGGUGUUGAAGGCGUGGCUUCAAGAGCAGGGAGGAGACAGGGAGCACCUCCACCUCCUGCUGCCGAGCCCACUGGACAGUCUUAUUCCAGUGUGUGUGAAGUGUGACAUGCAGGAGCGUCUGAUAAGCCCCGCCCUCAUCCCCUUGAACCCCAACCUGGGUGUGAAGACCGAGAGCGUCUGGGACUUCUUGCCUGUCACUAAGGGAUCAGCUAGUCAGAGCCAGCUGCCACAGAGACUGAAAGCAAUCAAGACUCUGCGCGCAGACGGAGUGUGUGAGAGUGUGUUAUACGGCCUGCCGCUGGUGAUCCGCCCCACCACCUGCUGGCAGCUGGACUGGGAUGAAAUGGAGACUAACCACAACCUGUUCCACGCUCUCUGCCACACACUCAGGAGUCGUGACCUAUUCCUGCUGCUGCAGGUGGAGCCUGCACAGAGGUGUACAGCUGGAGGCUCAGGUGUGGUUUCUCACUACGUCCUCCAGCCCUCCCCGUCUCUUUCCCUCCUUCUGAAGCCAGUGGUCUCUAGAGAGUUGCUGCUGCCCUGCUCACUGCCCGUCUCGACUCACGACCCUGCACCUGAUGCUAUGCAGGCCAUGCAGGCUUGUCUCACUCAGCUGGAUGAGGAGCUUGUGUACAAUCCUCUCUGUCUGAGCAGUAAUCUGUACCAGCACCUGAGGAGUAGAGGCCUGCUCUCACAGCCACGAUACCCAUACAGGGUGCAGCCAUCAGCUGCUCGCAGAAAUCAGUCUCAACCAGUAGAGGGCCCUAAAAGCACGGGCAGCAGACAGCCGCGGCAGGUAAAGCCACAAAACCAGGGUCGCCAACUGGGAGCCAACAGCAAGGUCAGGGCCACUGUGGCUCCCUUCCCUUCAUCCUCCUCCCACUCAUCCUCCUCCCUCGGACCUCCUCCUGCUAAGGCCUCUCGUCCAGCUCUGACGCUCCUCAGCAGCAGCGGCGGUGGAAGAAGCCGCCAGGCUUCGGCCCCUACUCUGCAGGAGGAAGACAAUGAUGAUGUCUUCAUGAUAAUACAGUAAGACCACCGCAGGGCGAGUGGAGGACAGUGGGCCGAGAGAGCAAAACAGUGACAUGGAAGUGACAAAGAGAGAGUCGACAAGUCAUUUGACACACACUCACUUUGAAAUCCCUCCUGAAACUGUCUCUUCAAAGAGCUUUACAGUGACAGACACAUUAGGUCUCCCUUUUAAAGUUUAUGGGUAAUUAAGCAGCUCAUCAAGGCUUUAAAGUCUUUGUAAAGACACACUAAUUUGCACAUUAACAUACACAGUACACACACCACUCUGUGCUACACUCUGGGUGGUUACAGCUUCUUUUGAUAGCUUUUAAUUCGUCUCUAUUUAUUCUCACCACACGAACACAAAUAAAUAGAACCAUUUUAACAAGCCUGUCUAUGCAGGCAUGAGCGGGUGAGAAAGGAAAGUUGCGACCCUGCCCUCUACAGUUCACUGAGGCAGCAAAACUUCAAAAUCACACACUGUCAAGAUGAAAAGAAGGGAAACAGCAGGACAAUGGAAGCCUGGAAGAGUCAAAAAAUGGAGGGAAGGAAGAGGAAGUUAUAAGAAACGACAAAAAAAAGAGCAAAAGGUGGGUGGUGUGGGAGAUCAGAGGGAGAUUAAAGGAUGUAUAAAAAGCCUUGACUGAGUCAGAGAAGAGAAACCAGUUGUAAAAUGAUAAUUCAGGCAUAAUGAAGCAGACAUACUGCAGCUUUUGUACUAAAGUGACUUAUAGACAAACUCACACAUAUGCACAUUCCAUUUCCAUUUUGCCCUUAAGCCCCGGCGUGAACACAGCUUCACUGUUUUAAUGAGACAGAGAAUAGAGCAGCAGACAGAGGGGCCUCUCUGCUCUCCUUCACCCCCACAGCCGGCUCUCUCUCCGGGGGUUGAAAGGCAGCGCGAGUGAGUCGGGUGGCUGAUGGAAGGAGAACAGAGACAAAAGAAAAACUGAAGUAUUUGAUUUGAUAUAAAGAAAUGACAUCACUGUUAGAUUCCUGCACACAUCAACGCGCAUUUAAGCAAUGAUUCACGCUCACGCGUACGUACUGGUCAGUUACACACGUCCAUCGUCACUAUUAUUAAUUUAUUCCUCGUCAAGGAGCUUUGUCAUCCACACACAGUCACACACAGGCUUAAUCAGUCUCCCGCCAUUCCACCCCCUUGUUGAACCUUAUAACAUUGUAGGGACGACCCAGUGGCAAAUGUCUUCAUGACGCUGUGAUGUCACAGGACUUCCGCAUUCAUGAAUUACACCCACAACGAUCCUUUUGUCCCCAGAGAGAAUUUGACUACCCGUUGACAUUCAACCCACUUCUGUCUCUCUCUCUCUCUCUCUCUCUCUCUGUACUCUCUCUUCUCGCUUUCUCUCAGUACUGCUCUUUGAAUCCUCACAAACUCAGAGAAGUCGAGUCAACGUGUGUGAAUUUCAUAAAUUUGUUCAAAUAGCACAACAGCAGCCUCUCUGUCCUCAAAAAGGUCAAAAGGCCAUUGCCAAAGUUCCCCUGUUUGACCCGGACAACAUCAGCCACUCGCCUCAUUAAAUUUCAUAACUGUAAGCGAUAACUGGGGCAUGACGAAGAGUCAACCAGCGUCCCUGUUUCAUCGUUGACUUUAGCAGAAACCGCCCCGUUAGUCAGGAGGUACUUCAGGUUUUGGCAGGAUUUGGAACCUUCGCAGUUGUUCUUGGCAAAAAAGUUCUUUGUUCAUUGUUAUUUUUGAUUCCACCACACAAACAUCCUCAUCUCAUAGUGUUCAGUUUGUAAUGUUCCCAUUCAGCUUACAUGUUGUGAUUGGUUUUAAUGCAUCGUCUGAGCUACAAAGUAAACUGCCAUGGAUUGAUGCCAUUUGUUCCCUCUGUUAGUUAGAUAUUUCAGCAUUCUUUUCAGGCUGUUGUAAGAUCUGCAUAUUGAUAUUUAUACAGUUUAUAUUUAUUGACCUCAUAGAUUCGUAUUGUACGAACUUCAAUUUUAAUAAACUAUCCCAAAAUAA